UUCUGUGGACAGUAUUGUUUAUCACACGAACAAGUGACAUGCUGUUUUUACUUAUUUCUCAGUGAUUGGAGUAUUCUGUAAAUAAAAAAAAAAAAAAUACUCGUUGUAGCAAAAGAAAAGAAAUAUACACUGUAUGCUUUGUCUGCAUGAGGGUUGAUGCAAGUUCACAUACAGGUAUGGCGAAGCUCGAUCAAAGACCACCAAUGUUACAGCUCAAGGCGAUUGGCGAGCAACCACUGCCGGAAAUUACUCGGAAUAGAAAGUCAGUGGAAGAGGCUUCGAUCAAACAGUGUAUUGCAGACAGUGGACUUGCCAUGGAAACCGCGCACGAACAAAACCAAGUAAUCGGAAGACACCCUAGUUCACCAACAAAUGUACGGCCACCAACUGAAGGAUGUGAGGUUUGGCACACAGCAGAACAGCUCUCAACGAUUGAGGAAACAUCGGACGUCGUCAUUGGCUUCGAGGGUUUCCAUGUUGAUCCGGAAAGCAAACAUAAAGCAUGGUUGAUGACAAUGGAUUACGUGCAGAAGUUCGACAUUGACCUAGACAAGGAGAUAUAUUACGCGGGAGAACUGGUCACAGGACGUGUUAUUGUCAUAACUACAGAAAACAUCAAGGUCAAAGGUAUUCGCUUGACACUAAGGGGCAAGGCACAUACAGAGUGGAAAAUAAAUAAAGCAGGAGAAACACGGACGUUAAAAGAUGACGAGUACUAUAUUGACGACAAAAAAGUGCUUUGGGGGAAAGAUAAAAAUGAAGACGUUGCCAUUACACCAAUUUUGCCACGAGGUCAGCACACAUACAGUUUUGAGUUCAAACUUCCAGAAACUGCACUGCCUUGCUCAUUUGAAAGUAAGAUAGGCCAUAUACGGUACUACUUGCGCGUUGUCAUGGAUAUACCAUAUGCCUCACCGCCACAAGGAAUAAAAUAUUUCACGAUCAUUGGCCCUCAUAUCGACUGCAUGGAAGACAAAUAUCUGUCACCAAAAUAUGCAGACGACAAGUAUCGGACAUGUUGUCUGUGUUGUGUUCGAGGUUUGGUUCGCAUUCAGGCGACGCUUGAAAGAAGUGCCUAUUGCUCUGGAGAACAUAUCCGGGUCAAAACAGAAAUACAAAACGGAAAUGACGAACCAGUCUAUCUUCUUUGUAAAUUUAUUCAGUAUGUUGAGUAUUACAUGGAUAAAGGAGUGUUAGGUAUAAUGAAAUCUUUAAGUCACACUGUGUGGGAGUACCAGACAGAAACAGUGAGAUCUAACCAUGUCCAGAAGCAAGAUAAGCUGCAAGAUGACCUACAAGUGCCAGUAGUACCGCCAACACUUAUUGAUGUGUGCGGCCUAAUUCAAAUUCACUAUAUGCUCAAGUUGUAUGUUGUUGGAGAAAAUUCUGGUCAAAUGAUGCAUGUACAAUUCCCUAUCACUAUAGGAACAGUUCCAUUCCGAAUACCCAGCAUGCCUUCACCGCAAAUGAUGUAUGAGGUUGCAGCCGACUAUGUAGAAGGCGGGAAAUACAUUAGUUCCGAGUUCCAGCUUGGUCAAGUAUACAUGGGUGAUGAAUUUCAGGAUCACGACGAAGUCAUUCUUUAUCGACCUGUGUAUUCUUGUGUACCCCACGAGAAAAUCACAGUUACAAAUACUAAAAAGGGUUGUAAAACAAGGGAUCCUGCAGAUGGUCAACCAGGCGUGGCGGAGGCAGUCUGUGAAGAAAUUAAUGUACUCUCUGCCCGUAAAAAAUCUCAGAAAUCUUUGGAUAAAAAAGAUUCAGCCAAAUUUGGUGACAGACUCAAACCUGAAGUAGUGACAGUGGAUGACGUGAGUUCUACAGAACCAUGGGAGGUCAUUGCACUCAAGAAAUGACAUUGCAAAAUUGUUCUAUUCAGCAAGAGAGCACAAUACCUGCCAUCUUACAGUAUUCAAAUAAACUUUGUAUUGAUAUAAAUAUUAAAAUACAAAUCAAGAGACGUUCAAACCGUAUAGGCAUCGUCUGCUUUAUUACUCAACCUUUUCCCAUUAUCCGACAAUCUUUCAAGUAGUCUCGUUUUUGUUCAAGUAUGCCUUAUAUAUACAUGCAUUAUAAAGUUAUAUUAUAUAUAUACUUUACUCUCAUACAUUAUUCUGCACGUUACUGUGAUCUCAUCGUCAUUGUUUUUAUACCAUGUUUGAUUUAUUACUGUUGUCAUUCAUUUCAUUGCUUGACCAGACAAUUCACUAUAUCCAUAGUUCCUAUUUUAUACAUAGUUAGGUUUCGUUGACAGUAUUUACUACAAAAAAACCAUUUCAGUCAAACAGUACUUAAGAAAACCUUUAACUUUUACUUAAUAAUUUACGGCAUCUUUUGUUGUUGUUGUAAUCAAAGCAAUAUAAAAUCUGAGUUGUUUUAACCCAGUGAAAGCAUCUAGAUACAUGUUACUUUUAAUACUUCAGUAGACUUCUAAGAAAUACAUUUUCUCCCACCAGUUGGUAAGAAGAAAGGAGAUUGUUAAAUAAAUAUUUCAGAUGUGAUAAAAGACGGAUACCUCUGUUACUAAGACAAUGCUUCAUGUUAUGUCGUGAUAUCUAAUUGUCUGUACGAUUUUAAUAAAACAGGUAAACUAUG